AUGGAAUUCAAUCUCAUAGUUCCCGUACCGCGCGGGGCCGCGGGUCAAAAGGGCGACGAAGAAAUCAAUGGAAGGCUUUGGCGGGUUACCGGCCCCCACGAUAACCACGAGAUCACCAAAUUGAAGUUCAAUUGUAUCUCUUACGUCUGGGGUAUAGGCGUCGAGCCGAGAGGAAGCUUUUUCGAUUGUAAGCGAGAGAUAUCGGACCAGACAAGACCGGCUCUUACGGCCGCUAUGAAAGCUGCUGAGAAAUUGCAUGCAGGGUCUGGAGGAGAAAGGAUUGAAGCAUUCUGGAUUGAUGCAAUAUGUAUACCUCAACUUGAAGUACCAGCACGCUUCAAGACCCUUGAAAGGUGUGUGGAAGCCACUACCGGGCAUUUUCCGUAUUUGAUCUAACUUUGACAGCAUGGGAUUCAUCUACAAUGCUGCAACCACUGUCCUCAUCGUCCUCGCACCCACCGUCUUCGAGGCAAUCUAUGUAGCCUCUUCUAAGACCAGCCCAGACCUUCUCACUCUACAGCAAAUGCAACUACUAGAAUCCGAUCCCUGGAUAAGUCGCGUCUGGACAUAUCAGGAACUCAUCAAUGGCCAUCCCGCCUACUUCACCACCUCCCACCCAACCGAAAUCUCCAUCAUUCCUUCGGAGAAGUUCUUCAAUUGUGUCGGCUUUUCUCUCGACAAAUGGAAACGCACUACAGGCUCCUCUCACCUAACAGCCAGAUCAACCUUCCCCAAUCUCAAUACCCUCGAGGACACCAUAGGCGACCUUUUAAUGGCCGGAAUCUUCGAGAUGCCUGCUCUGAGUAUCUUGAGCAACAUAGCCUUACGAAGCUUCGAUCCAAAGUACCCGAAAAACAGAUUAUUAGCAUGUCUAGGUGCAUUAAAGACAGAAGUGAGUUGGGGACCGCCGUCCUUAACGAUGGGAGCUUUAAGUGAGAAGUUGAUGAGAAUCUGCAAAGACAAAGGGGAUUACUCGUUCAUUUUCACCGCAGACAAAAGGAUGGAUGUGCCUGGAAAACGGUGGAGACCUAACCCAGAUCAACCUGAAGGAGCUGAGCCCGUCCAUCUUGUGCCGUUGAUCAAUUGGUAUUGUAAUACGGGUGAGGCCCAACGCGGACAUUUCGAUGCCGAGGGACUGGUUUUGGAAAAUCUGGUGCUGCUUCAGCAAGCUGAGAAAAUGGAUAUCAUGGUUGAAAGCGAGAUUGAUGGUUUUUUAUAUGGAGAUGAGGAUGGUCGAAUAGGGGUUCUUCCACAACACGAGACUAAUACAAGUCAAUACGCUGCUCUGCUUAGGUUUUUCGUUCAGAUCGGGUUCAAAGGAUGUGCUGAGUGUAUAGUAUGUGCCGAAGGUCUAUUCUUUCCACAAGAAAAUAUUAGUCAGGAGCAUGUCGUUGAACUAUUCGCCUCCCUCAGUCUUCCAUAUGUAUUUGGCAACGUUGGAUUAGCAAGAUGGAAGGAGAGUUCUGGUGUGAGAUACUGUGCAGGUAUCUUUAUCGGAAUCGUACAAAACGAGAAAUCUCACUCAGUGCGGAUAAUCUAGAAAUGAACAGGAUCUGAGUCUAUGCUUAUAAUUAAAC